GGAACUUCGGAAUUUGACUCUCCGAAGCAAAACCAAAUCGGAGCCUCUUCCUCCGGGACACGCCCGUCGGUCCCCGCCGCUCGCUUCCCCCCACCUCCGCCAUGGCCGACGUACCCGACGAAUCCGCAACCCAAAGCCAGGCCCAAGGAUGCGGCUCGUACCCCUUCUCGUUCCCUUCUCAGCCGCCGGACAUCAGGAACUGGUUCUCGAGUUACCAGUACGAGUCGCCGGAGGUGCCGGAGCUGGCUGUUGACCCUCCUGCUGUCGACAACGGCAGCGAGACCCAAGACCCGUUGGAGUACCGGGUGGCUGAGCAUUCAUUUCUGAAACACGCCCCUCUGGAUGGCGGUGCCGAUUUGAAGGGGGGCUGUUUUGGGAGCCAAGCACAAGCAGAACCCGUUGAGGUUUCUGCUAGAAGAGGCAUCCUUCCGAUUGGUAGGGGCACGGUGGAACAGGGCACGAAAAGGAAGCAAAGUCUGCGGGGGCUGUUUGGGGCAGGUUUUCUGGACGACCAUGAAGAAGCUACUCAAACUGAAGGCCGUGUCGUGUCGCCUGUGCAGAGAAGUGCUGUGGAUCCUCCGUGGAACCGCAACUGGGUAGGCUUACAGAAUAGAAAGCGCAGCCAUGAAGGCAUGGUUGAAUACAGCGAGCUGCCGACAGAUAGUGAGAGCACAUGUAUAGCUGAGACUCAAGCUGAAAGUCGGGUGGCGUUGCCUGUGCUGAGAAGUGCAGUGGAUCCUCCGUGGAACUGCAACUGGAUAGGCUUAAGUAAUGGAAAGCAUAUCCAUGAAGGCGUAGUUGAACACAGCGAGCUGCUGACGGAUAGUGAGGGCACUUGUAUAGCUGAAACUCAAGAAAACCCCCGAGGAGGUCAGGAGAUUUACCACAAAAAACGGCCAUUUAAUUGCGGCGGUGCUAGCUUAGCUGAUAUUGAAGAAGGUUUCAUAGAAGAUGGCAUUGAACCCAGUAACCUGCCAGUUAAUUCUCACAGCAAAGGCCUAACAGAUGCUGAGAAAACUGAACAAAGUCUGCCUGGGUUAUUUGAAGCAGGUUUUCUUGACAACCGUGACGAAGCUACUCAAACUGAAAGUCGGGUGGUGUUGCCUGUGCUGAGAAGUGCAGUGGAUCCUCCCUGGGACUGCAACUGGAUAGGCUUGCGGAAUAGAAAGCGCAGCCAUGAAGGCGCAGUUGAAGACAACGAGCUGCUGACGGAUAGUGAGAGCACUUGUAUAGCUGAAACUCAAGUAAAGCCCCCAGGAGGUCAGGAGACUAACCACACCAAACGGCCAGUAAAUUGUGGUGGUACUAGUUUAGCAGCAGAUACUGAAGAAGGUCUCCUUGAAGAUGGCAAUAAACAUUGCAACCUGCCAGUUGAUUCUCACAGUAAAGGCCUAGCAGAUGCUGAGAAAACUAAGCAAAGUCUGCGAGGGUUGUUUGGAGCAGGUUUUUUAGACAGCGAUGACGAAGCUACUCAAACUGAAAGUCGGGUGGUGUCGCCUGUGCUGAGAAGUGCAGUGGAUCCUCGUUGGAACUGCAACUGGAUAGGCUUACGGAAUAGAAAGCGCAGCCAUGAAGGUGGAGUUGAGCACAGCGAGCUGCUGACGGAUAGUGAGAGCACUUGUAUAGCUGAAACACAAGUAAACCCCCCAGGAGGUCAGCAGACCAACCACAGCAAACAUCCAGUUAAUUGUGGUGGUACUAGUUUAGCAGCAGCUACUGCCCUAGAAGAUGGCAUUGAACAUAGCAACCUGCCGGAUAAUUUUCCUAGUAAAGGCCUAGCGGGUAGUGAGAAGCCUAAGCGAAGUCUGCGAAAAUUGUUUGGAGCAAAUUUUCUUGACGAUUGUGAUGAAGCUAAUGAAUAUGAAACUCGGGUGGUGUCAGCUUUACAGAGAAAUGCAGUGCAGCCUCUGUCAAAUUGCAAUGCUGCAGGCUUGCCUCACAUCGAACAUAUCCAUGAAGGUGCAGUCGGAUACAGUGAGCUACCGGCAGAUCAUGAAGGCAUCAGUAUAGCUGAAACUCGAGAAAAUCCUCGAGCAGGUUGGGUGAUCGAACACAACAGACUGCCUGUUAACUGUGGUAGAAUGAGUUUAGCAGCAGAUACUGAAGAUGGUUUCCUAGAAGUUAUUGAACACAGCAAACCGCCAGUCAAUUCUCAUAGUCAAGUCCUAGCUGAUACUGAGAAAACUGGUAUCAAACACCACAUACUGCUUGCUAAUUCUAAUGGUAUCGGUUCAGCUGUUACAGAAGAAAGCUUUCUGAUAGAUAAAAUCAGCCGAAGCAAGCGUAAACUGGAGCAUAAGAAAACAGAAGAAACAGCUGUGGCGGAUGGUUUCGUUGCCAUCAGGACAAAGGUGAAGUCAGCUGAGGAUUGCAGGACAAACAAGAUUUCCAAGGUCUCAACAGGAAGAGAGAACACAACAUUGCAAGAGAACCGCUGCAUUUCGGGGACUACACCUUUGGGCCAAGGUAGCACAAGAAGCCCCAUGUCAGAUAGGACCAAUAUUUCAGAAGUUGCAGGAGCUCCAUCACAGGAGAUCAGCGGCAAAUGGAAGCACCCUCGCAAAGGCAAGCCCAACGUUGGCCCUCCGAUGAUACAGCUGCGGUUGGAACAAUGGGUGCGCCGAGUGUAACAGUUUAACAUUGUUAAGUUUGGUAAGGAGAGUUUGUGUCAGGAUGAAGCUGGAGUGUUCACCUGACAAAUUAGGUGUCAUGUUCUGCUUUGGUGGUUCCUGCCAAAGCUGCAUUAGAAAUGGCAUCUCCUUUGCAUCGACCAGAAGUUCCUUCGCAACUGCUGCUACAUUCAUCUCUCUGUUAUGGCGUCAUGGUAUGUGCAGCUGACUCAAUGUAGUAGAUAAAGUGCAGAACUUUACAUCGGGCGUUCAGUUGUGAUUGAACUAAUUUACGAAUUGGGAUCUGUUGAACAAUGUCGUAGUAGCUGUUUUUCAGCCUUCAAAGUGUCAAGGCAUAACAUGCUACUCCCACCAUGAUUGGUUAGUAAUCUUUUUAGUGGACAAUAAACCUUGCUCUGUUUCUGUUGUUGGUAAGAACCAGUGUGAUUUAUUAUGAAAUAUAUACAAGCAACUACUCCCUCCGUCCGAAAAUACUUGUCAUCAAAAUGGAUAAAAGAGGAUGUAUCUAGACA